UGUCCCUCUGAUCGUUGACACGUUAUAGAACUACAUUUUUUUUGUCACAGUUUUCUCAUUUGACAGCCAUGCACCGACCGAAAAUGUGGAUAUUUGUAUUUCUACCGUUGUUGUGGGUGAAUAUUAUCCCAACUGAAAGCGAGACACCUUCAGACAGACACUCCUUGACCUACAUCUACACGGCCCUCUCCAAAGACCCCAAAAUCCCAGGUAUCCAUGAGUUCACGGCCAUGGGGAUUCUGGACUCCAGGGUAAUCGACUACUUCGACAGCACCACACAGGUGAAAACUCCCAAAACACACUGGAUGAGGGAGCGUCUGGAGCCGGAGUACUGGGAAAAAGGCACACGAUCCCGUAAGAGCAAACAGCAGUGGUUCAAAGUCAACCUGGACAUCCUGAAGGAACGGAUGAACCAGACUGACAACGACAUCCAUGUUCUUCAGUGGAGACACGGCUGUGAGGGCGUGAAAAAAGGUAACGGGUCACUGGAAUACAGCCACGGCUUGGACAUGUACAGCUACGACGGAAACGACUUCCUGUCCUUUGACGACUCCAGCUCAGUGUGGGUGGCUCCAGUGAAAGCAGCAGAGCAGACCAAGAGGAAGUGGGAUGAGGUGCAGGUCCUCAAAGACUACACCAAAGGAUACCUGGAGAAAGAGUGCAUGGACUGGCUGAGGAAGUUUUUGACGUAUGGGGAGAAGGACAUGUACGCCGCCAAACCGCCUGAGGUGUACAUGUUUGCAAAUAACGCCAAGUCUAAGACAAAUGUGGUUUUGAACUGCAUGGCCACUGGUUUCUACCCACCGGAAAUACAAAUUUACAUCAAAAGGAACAGUCGAAUUCUUACUAAAGACGACGACGUGAUGAGCACAGGAACUCGACCGAAUGAAGACAACACCUUCCAGAGACGAGACAGUAUGGAGAUUCUACGCAGCGACGUGGCCAUGUACUCCUGUCACGUCGUACAUCAUCCAACUGGUGUUAAUAUAAUAAAGGUUUGGGAUCGUAAACUCCCUGACCCUGACGAUGAACCAGACAGUCCUGUACCAGUCGGUGUUAUUGAAGGAGUUUUGGGGGUCGUAGCUGUACUUGGACUUGGACUUGUUGUCCUGGGGAUCCUGUACAAAAAAGGCAAAUUGGAUCGUGUUAUCCAUCGUAACCCUCAACAGCUUCCACCUCAAAAUCCCCGUCCUGCUGUGAAUCCCGUACCACAUCGUGUUAUCCAUCGUAACCCUCAACAGCUUCCACCUCAAAAUCCCCGUCCUGCUGUGAAUCCCGUACCACAUCGUGUUAUCCAUCGUAACCCUCAACAGCUUCCACCUCAAAAUCCCCGUCCUGCUGUGAAUCCCGUACCACAUCCUGCUCCUGUAGCUGUGGAAGUCGAACCAGCUGCACAAGAUCCACUGAUCCAACAGAACGAGCCCAAAAAAGAUGGUUCUCAGGGCUCUCUGGAGAGCAAGGACUCUGGUCAUUCUUCCAAUGAUGCGACAUCGAGUGGAGCAUCGAACAGAGGAUCAGGCGACGGAUCACAUGAGUCUCUCCUGGGAAAAUAAACCAUUCAAGUCUCAGCCUGUAAAAUUCAACAGGUUUUAAAUAAUAAUUGGAAGUAAUGAUCUGAAUCAGCGGCUCACUUCAGAUAAACAUGUUUAAAAAACCAGGGUAAAGCUUUUAAAGACAGUGGGAAGUGAGUUAAAGGUGUUUGAUCAGAGGACGACUUAAGCCAAAGACCUGAGUUAAUAAUGCUCAUCAGUCAUCAUUUUUAUGGUCGUAUAUAUUUAAGACUAUGAAUGUCAGUUACAUCCUAUUUCACGGCCCUAAAAAUGUUCAGCAGGAUGUGAAGGGAAAUCAGUUCCAGAAGUACCUGCACGUAAAUACGUUCAAUGAGAACAUUUAAGGUACUGGUUCAAGAAGUAUCUGUUUUUGAUGGGAGGCUGUUUGGACGCAUACACGGGCAAUAAUAGAGUUAGAAUAGAAUAAAAAUAGAGAUAUAAUAGAAUGUCAACAAAAAAACACACUUAAAGACACGGGGGUUAAUGGAAUUUAGGAUUAAUUUAACCCUUAAAGACCCAAACAUCCACCG